AUGGAGUGUGUCGGCACAAUCUCUAUGUCUGUUUUGAUAAAUGGUUCACCAACGAAGUUGUUCCGGAUGGAAAGAGGUCCGAAACAAGGUGAUCCUCUAUCUCUAUUCUUGUUUGUGCUUGUUGUUGACGUCUUACACAGAAUGAUUGGAGAGGUUGUUAGAAAUAUGCGGAUAACCCCUUUACUCGUUGAGAGAGACAACAUUGAAUUGUCACAUCUUCAAUUCGCUGAUGACAAUGUGUUGUUCUGUCCACCGGAGGAGGAGUCCAUUAAGAAUUACAAGAGGCUUCUACGAUGCUAUGAGUUGAUGUCGGGUUUAAGUAUCAAUUUUGACAAGUCCAGUUUGAUCCCAAUCAAUUGUGAACACCAGUGGGUUCGAAAUAUGUGCAGCUUGCUGGGGUGCAAGGAAGCUACUCUUCCGUUCCGUUUGCGUUCUCUCACAGCAGUUCCAUCUGCGUUCUAUGGCAGUUCCGUUUGUGUUCUCUCAUGGCAGUUCCAUUUGCGUCUUUUUGUAACGGUUCCGUCUGCGUUUCGUCUGUAUUUUCUUGUGACAGUUCUGUUUGUAUUUCUUUUCGACAGUUCCGUCUGCGCUUCUUUCAGAUUAGCGGCAGUUCCGUCUGCGCUUCUUUCAGAUUAG